AUGUCCAAGAUAGUCAAAAGCGGCCCGUUCCUUGAUCAGGAGAGGGAGACGACUGCUACUCGAGUGGCGUCGCAGGGUCUCUCGGCCACGGUCGUGCAAACCAUCAUGCAUCAUGCACCACUGAACCAACGCCCGCGUCGAGAUCGGCCUCGUGUGACGGGCGAUAGAGAUAGAGACCCUUAA